AUGUCCUCGGGCAAAAGAAAGAAGGGCGAAGACGACGCAACGAAUAUCACAUCCUCAAAGAAACAGAGAACGAGAUGUGUUGCUCGCAAAGUGCCAGAUCUAUGCAAGGCCUACACACCCGGAAAAGCAGACCAGGACUUGAAUGCUAGAAUUUCAAGAUUGGAACAAAUAAUCGAAGUGGCUUUACCCCAAUAUUGCUCUCCUGGAACUCCAGGAUCAUAUGUGCUGGAUCAAAAUUCAUUCAACGGUCGGCACAGAACUCCUUCGAACGGCGAAGACGAUACUCGAUCCCAUUCGGAGGAGCAAGACCCGAGUGGAGGGAUUUUUCAAAGCGGCAGAUGGUAUGGUAAUAGCGCAUCAGGCAGUGUAGCUCCUGCGUCUGUAAUUGAUCAAAUCGAGAAUGCCGCUAUCGGAGAACGAGAGUCCUCCCGUACAUCCCAUUCCAAUGCCAUAAACCCGAACUUCCCGUUACCAACGACGCACAUCAAGGCAGGUCUUGAUGUAGUUGGUGAUGAUUCUGAGCCAUCUGCUGCCGAUAAUCUAAAGUCGCUGGUACAAGAGUGUGGAGUAUCCCCCCAUAAGAUUGCAGAGCUUCUUCAAGAGCUCCCUAUCCCUAGUACAUCUGAUAUUCUUGUUGAUUUCUACUUCUCUACUAUAAACUGGACUCGAUAUCCAAUUUCUGUUGAAGACUUCCGCACGGCUUACUCUUCUAUAAGCGCAUGUGUGAGUGGAACUAGCCUGGCUAGCCCUCAUGACGUGCGUUUUCUCCCUUUGCUAUUCGUUGUGUUAGCUAUCUCUGUGAGGCUUGCCCCCGAAAGCAUAGCUGGCGACGCACGAACCAGAAGGGUUACUUCCCUCCGUUAUUACUGGUCUUCUCGUCGGUCGCUUCUCAUUGCCGCUGCCAUCCAACCUGACUCUCUUGACAUCGUGCUCACGCGCCUUUUGAGUGCUCGUUUUCUGACAUUUGAUCGUCGCAUAACGGAAUGCUGGAGUCAACUAGGUGCUGCUGUGCGAACAGCUCAAGCUCUUGGCCUUCAUCGUGAUGGUUCUGCAAUGGGAAUGCAACCCACACAAACAGAAUACCGCAGGCGCAUCUGGUCUUACCUAUACCAUGCUGAUAGGUCAUAUGCUUUGGUUCUCGGAAGGCCCAACUCAAUACAGGACGAUUACACAUCAACAUUACCUCCCUCGAAUAUUGAUGGUGACUUACAACAUGGACAGACAAUUGAAUCUUUACCCCUUUCUCGGCCAACGCCCAUGACCUUUGUCAUUUUGCGCCAUCAAUUGGCUGAAAUUAUUGGGCGGAUGGUUCAUCAUUUCCAGCAGGUUCGCGACAAAAGCCACUACACGGAAGUCGUGGCUCUAGACGAUGAACUGCUGAAAUUUAUAAACAAUCUUCCCUCUCAUUACUCCCUUCAGCCAGAUACCUCACUUGAUCAUAUUCACAACUAUAUUCCGGUUCAUCGAUUUCUCUUGGUCACAGAAAUUCUUUUCGUAAGAAUAAGUUUGCACCGGCCAUAUAUGCUACGACGGCUGAACUCAGACCGCUAUGCAAGAUCACGCAAUGCUUGUUUUGAAUCAGCAAUAACAGAUUUCAAGGUUAGGCAAGCAUUCCGGGAAUCCGUGCCCAAAGAAACUCGAGAUUCUCUUAGCAAUGCCUAUCGCGAAUUUCAGACAGCAAUGAUAUCGGGAAUAUAUUUUGUGCUGGAGCCCCAUGGAGCGCAUUCCGAUGCAAUGCAUGCUAUUCUGGACGGUUUUAUGAAAGACCACGAAAACUUGCGGGAGAUGGACGAGACAACCAAAAGGGAACUGAAGACCAUCGAAUUUCUGAAGAGCAAAGCAUCACAGAUCGAGAACCACGGGGUUCAUUCACGCAAGAAGAGUAAACUUCACGACUUGUCGCUAAUCAAUAGGCAGGAUCAUCAGGCACAACUACUAUUAAACCUUCAGCAACCAGUGACGUCGCCUUCGACUAAAAGUUUUACCUUUUCUGCCUCUUCUCCUCGAUCACCGUCCCUUCCUCAACCCAAUACAUCUUCUUUGGCACAGUCUCCUACAUUGCAUCGUUUACAACAUCCAGACCAAACACAUUCACCAACAACUUCCGGAAGCCCUCGCGCAGAUGACGAAUCCCCUGCACAAUCGCUUCUUGACACAUGGUGUCACACUGUCAGCAAUGCUCCUCUAGACUUGACCAGUGGCGGAAUUUCAUGGGGAGGUUUGGGUGGUACUGAAAUAUCGGGAUGGGCAGGGAUCACACACGCUGCUACCAACCCAGAUCCCCGCCUGUUUUCUGGCCUUGACGGCUCCGAUUUCUCUUACUGGGAGGCCCUGGUCAAUCAAAUCCAUCGUGGACCUUGA